AUGAAGUUACCGGAAUUAGAUAUACCUUUAGCACAUCAAAUAACGACAAUAACAGCCACAUCAACGUCAAGAUCCGAAAGGAUCCAAUCUCCGACAUCAAAUUCUAUCAAUUUAACCUCCCAAAUUAAUUUACCUCUACUUCCGACCCCUGAACCUCAACAAAAAGAAACGAUCAACAAUCCGAUAUUAAAACAUCGUAAAGCAACAUCGGUUUCAUCAUUAAAUAGUAUAAUCUCACUUAAUGGCAUUUCAUUUAAUAAUAACAAUAGUCAUGCAAAUCAAUUUACUUUAAUUCAUAACGAAUUAAAUAAUUUAAGUAGAUUCCUUAAAGAAUUACAACCAUGGAUGCCAUUUAUCAUCUGGGCCAUAUUCUCUAUAAUUACGUUAUGCAUAUUUCUAGGCUAUCAUACGGAAAUCUUAACGAUAUUAGAUAAAUUUGCUCAUUUGGUAAAGUCGAUGGGCAUCAGUGGAGGCCUGAUAUUUUAUCUAAUGAUAUUUUUAACCACCUUCCCAUUGGUGAUUGGAUAUAGUACAUUAAUUACUUUAUCAGGAUUUACAUUUGGAAUCAGUGUUGGAUUUUUAAUAUCAUAUAUGGCAGCUCUUACAGGUGCCAUAACAGUGUUUUGUUUAAGUAGAAAAUGGUUUAGAAAAUCCGUUAGAAGGGCAUUACAUAAAAACAAAUCCAUUGGCGCUGUCAUUACAGCUGUUGAGAAAAAAGGGUUCAAGUUGUUAUUCUUAAUAAGGUUAGCACCUUAUCCUUAUAAUGUGUUAAACACUUUAUUGUCAGCUACACAUUUAUCAUUAAAAACGUUCAUAGGAGCAACCGCCUUAUCUUUAUUCAAAUUAAUGAUUCAUGUUUGGAUUGGAAGCAAAUUAUCUUCGCUUUCUGCUUAUUAUGCUCUCAAAGAAACCAAUGAUUUUAGCAUUAAUAACAAUAAUAACAAUCAGGAAGUUUUGAAAGCAAUAAUUAUGAUUAUUGGAAUAAGUAUUGGUAUUGGUGUAAUAAUAUAUGUUUGGAUUAGUGCAAGGAAAGCUAUAAAUGAAGUUGAACAAGAACAAGGUGUAUCAUUAUCAUUAGAUGGUGGUGAUGAUUGUAUUGAUGACAAUAAGAAAGUUGAAGAAGAAAUGGAAAUGUUAACCAAUAAUAAUAACCUUACCACCAUUAGACAUAGAAGGGGAUCUAGUUUUUGUCAAGUUGAUUUUGUUAUUGACAAUCUUUUUAUUUCUAACGAAAAAAUGGAUGAACAUAACGAAGUUGAAAAAGGUGAUGAACAUAGUAAUCAUAAGGGCAUAAGAUCUAUUGACGUUAUUGAAGAAGAAAAUACCGAUUAA